CGCUGUGAGGUGCUCGGCCGGAAGCGUCAGGACCUCGUAGCCGCGCACGGGAGGGCGGGGCGCGCGCUGACGUGGCGGCAGCGGCACCGAUACCCCCAGCACUGGCGCCAUGCGGGACGACGGGGGUAGCUCGGACACUGAGCCUGAACAUCACAGACAACAAGAAGUGAAGAGGUCUCUGGGAAACAAAAAGUCUGAGCAAUUUGAGGAGGUGGAGGCUCCUGCCCUAGGACUGCACAGUAACUAUGAUGAGACAGUCAGCAACAUCUCUGCCUCACCCAAGAGUGAAGUGAACGGAAGUGCAGAGUCCAGAAGCAAGCGGACUAUCCGCAGGCCUGCUUACUGGUUGGAAAUGAGAGGAAUAAAAAACAGCAUUAAGAAAUCUUCAGAAAAGAAAGAAGUACUACUGAAAGGCAAGAGGAAAUCUGAGCAAGAGCAAGAUGAAGAUCUUAAAGACACCCCCAGAAAGAAGCAGAAAAUUUCGGGAAAGAAACAGCAGUCUGGAACAGAACAGAACUCCAAAGCGAAAGGCCACAGCAUUCAGAAAGAACCAGAGACAUAUGGCACAGGUAGCAUGGAAGAGCAGUGGUCUUUGGAAAUUCAGGACAAAGGCAGAGUUACCUGUCCAAUGUGCCGGGCUGUGGUCAGAAAGACUGUAGAAGGACUGAAGAAACACAUGGUGAAUUGCAAGCAGGAAAUGUUCACAUGUCAUCACUGUGGGAAGCAGCUGAAGUCUUUAGGAGGGAUGAAAUACCACGUUAUGGCAGACCAUAACAAUCAGCCAGUCAUGAAGGAGGGAGGAGAGCUGGAUGAGCAGCUUGAGCGAGACCGCCUGCGGAAGGUGCUGAAGCGUAUGGGAAAACUGAAGUGUACAAGGGAGGGGUGCACAGGCAGCUUUACAAGCAUAAUGGGAUACCUGUAUCAUGUUAAAAAAUGUGGGAAGGCUGCUUCUGAGCUGGAGAAAAUGGCUAUGAAGUGCCAUCACUGUGGAAAAGCAUACAAAUCAAAAGCAGGACUUGUCUACCAUCUCCGAUCCAAGCAUGGGCCGGUCACUUUCCUCCAGGAGGAGAGAAGAACAGAGAGCUUGAAGGAAAUAAAACAGGAACCAAGUAACACAGGCAGAGUUCAGAGGAGAUCUGCAAAGGUGGCAGUCUACUAUCUCCAUGAGCUAGCUGGAGAAGAGCUGGCCAAAGAGUGGCCCAAGAGAAAAGUUCUGCAGGACUUGAUUCCAGAUGACCGCAAGCUGAAAUAUACUCGUCCUGGACUGCCUACGUUUAGUCAAGAUGUUUUAUGCAAGUGGAAAACAGAGAUAAAGAUGUACCGAAGAGUCCACUGCCCAAAUGAGGGUUGUGAAUCUGUGUAUGGCAGUGUCUCAGGACUCAAAUCUCACCUUGGCACAUGUACCUUGGGAGACUUUGUGGCUGGUAAAUACAAGUGUCUCCUGUGUGAGAAGGAGUUCAUUUCAGAGAGUGGAGUCAAGUAUCACAUCAACUCUGUGCAUUCUGAGGACUGGUUUGAUGUGAACACAACUACCACCAAAAGCUUUGAGAAGCUCAUGAAAAUCCGCCAAAGAGAAGAGCAAAGGAAGCAGCGGAAGAAACGCUCUCUUACCCGGGGCAAAAAGAAGAGAACUGGAACCCUGGCUGCCAAGAAGCUUCCCACUGCUGGAGCUGAAAAAGUGAGACGUAAGAGAGGUCGUCCACGGCGGGUGGACAAUGAGAGCAUGAGCAGUGAGGAGAGGGAGCCCCAAGCUGCACAGAGAGACGAAUUUCCAAAAACCAGCCGCAAGCGUGGCCGAAAAUAAACCCCUAAAAGAAGAAGAGGAGUAAUCCUAAAGCUUUUCUGUUACAAACCCCACUUCUGUCAGGCUCAUAAUCCACAGCACCAAUAUAAGCAGCUGAACAUCUCUGGGGCUGAGUAUCCAUUCUACUUGGUGACCUUGAUUUUUAAACUGUUGCCUCUUUUCAGUUGUGAGAGACUUCAAACCAAAGCUGUGGUGCAGAGGCUGCCUCGCCCAGCUUAGUUCCCUCAGACAAUGGCACUAGCAGUGUCCUUAGUGUAGUUCCUGCUCUGGUUACAGUCUGGGUCACAUUAGUUGCUUGUUUAGUGAUUCCCAGUGCAGCAGCCAUCUGUUUUGUCAUCAUCUUCUAAUGGGCAAGAUCAGGGUUCUUUUUCAGCAGUUCUCCAUAUAAGGGACUGAGUAGCACAGUAUUUAGGUCUUUGACGGGGGGAUCCUUUCUUACACCAUAUGCACACAGACUGAGCAGCACUGUGCAGAACAGAAAGGCAUUAACUCGCCCUCUAACUGUCCUACCUGCUGUCAGCAAGAGGAGCAGACACCUUCCCAGGGCAUGUUCUGCAGGAGAUACUGUCUCUGCUUCAUACACUGAUGUUUGGGCUCAGCACCAGCCAGCAGCACCUGAGCUCUGGUCUGCUUGGAAGUGAUGGGACAUUGUUAUUGUCCUUACCAGGAAAACAGUAUUCUUUCAGCAUCUAUCUUCUGUAGCACUGGGCAUUGAAUGAAUGUAGAGGGUUUUCCAGUCCCAGAAGUAAAUGCUCCCAAGCCUUUUGAAGAUUCUGGCCUUUCAGAGACACCCAGGAACCAGUAUAAUAGGAUGAUCUUCUGUGGACCCCCCUGAAGACUGCUUGUUUCAGACUAACCUGGGAAAUAACCUUCCUGCAAGACAGUGCACAUCUACCGUUGCAGCCUGGCUGAUGCUGAAGCCCAGGUGCCACUAAACUGCCCCACCAAGUGUUGUUAUUUGACCUGCCCAUGCUCCUAUAGUGUCCUUUUUCUUUCUGCACUGUAGACACCACCUUUGUUGUCUUAUAUCACCUGUUUCUUUUCAAUACUGCUUCCUUUGUGUGAAUGAGGUAUAUUAGCAGUAGCUUCCUGUGUGGAAAAGGUCAGAAGAGGGUUCAUUGUUUUAAACCAUGUGUUGUCAUGAACUUGGGAUCAUUGGGAUCAGAUGAUGGCAAGCAGCAGAUGUCAUAGAAACUGGAAUGGAGCAGGAGCUCAGGCAGCCCUACUCUCUUCCAGAGAGUCUCUGGCAUAUCUGUUAUCCAAAGACUCACUGUAGCAGGAACUUGCAAAAUUUGACCUUUUCCAUGCAGUUUUGCAGGCAAGAAAGUAGGCAGCUGACUCUGUGUCACCUCCCAGUGAAUUUUCACUGCCUACCAAAGUGGCUGGUGAUGAAGUUCACCGGUAAGCCACCUCAGUGCCUGCUCAACAGGCAGGCUCACACAUGUGUGUUAUUAGCAGAGUAAUCUCCCUGAACCUGGCAGUGGGAAGUUCUGUGUGGUCAGGGUGUUUUCCGGGGCUGCCUCCCCUGUGGAAUAAGCAAAGCAGACUCAGUCUGAGCAUAGGCUAUCUCCUGGAGAUUGACACUGGCGUGGUGGUAGGAUUCCCCUGCAGGAGGGACACUGCCUCUGGGAACCAGCUGUUCCAGUGCUGUGCAGGGAAUACAGACACAUGGGCUUGUGUGCAGGGUGUGUGAGGUUUGCAGUACCAGGGCCAAGAUCAGAAUAGGACAAAAUAAAACGUCGCCACUGCAAGAAUGUGAUUGGGUUUUUUGUUUUGUUUUGUUUGGGGUUUUUAUGUCUGUUUGGUGUGUGUUGUUCUUGGUAUCAUCCCCACAUGCACAGCACACUGCAGCCUGCCCACUUGGGUCUCCUGUAUACUCAUCUGUCAGUUCUGUUUCUCCUCAGUACUCCACCCUACACUGUCCUUUGACAACACAUUUGCUACCUCCUGCCCAAUAGGUGGACAACAUGCUAAACCGAGGAAUUGAAGGAGGGGUUUUGUAGUGAAUUUCAGUAUAGAGUCCUGCUUACUUCCAUUGAUGAGUUACUAUCCAGUCCUGAUUUCUAGACAUGGAUGCUUUGUAGAGUUACAUCAGUUUGUAGAGUUACAUGACAUUUCCACAUAAUGGGACAGGUAGAAAAAAUUGUUACCCAGCAGCUGAUCCAUGCUCCACCAGUGCUGGAGUAGCUUGUUUGCUGGAUUGGCUCAAGCUGGUAAGAAGUGGUGGCACUGCUGCAGCUGGACCAACACUGCCUAGUGUUACUGCUCUGAGGGCAGGGGAGAAUUUAGCUUCAAGGAAGAUAUUUUAAUUGGGGAGUUCACACAAUCAUGUGUAUACAGGGCUAUAAGUGACAUGUAAAACCAGGUAGCUGUACCACAGCCUACUGUGCAACAAUUUGCUAUACAAGCACCCAUGAAUCUACUGUUUACUCCACUGGCAAGAGUUCAGGUGGCCUAAUGUUCUGCAAAUCCAAGUCCAAAUUCUACCCUACAGUAUCACAGAAUAGUUUGGAUUGGAAGGGACCUUUAAAGACCGUCUUGUGCAACCCCCUGCUGCAGGCAAGCACAUUUUUGAUUGGGUGAGUUUGAUCAAAACCCUGUCCAACUUGCCCUUGAACACUUCCAAUGAGGGGACAUCCAGGGUUUCUUAGGGCAACCUGCUUCAGUGUCUCAUCACCCUCAUCCUACAAAAUUUCUUCCUUCUGUCCAGUCUAAAUUUACC